AUGAGCUCCCAGUCAAAGUACGUACUCCCCUACCCAUACAGUCCAUCGUCCGACACUCAACAGUCCCUUGUUAUUAUUUAGUGCCUGGCAGACCGCCCGCGGCAACAGACAUUCCUCCUCACGCACGCCCCAGACCCGCUCGGGGACGGCAUCUCCCAGCCAACCCAACGCACCCUCACAACCACCACCAUCAUCGAAACCGCAAGAACCCAAACAACAAGCCCCAGCACCAGCACCCGCACCCAGCGGCAACGUCUGGGCCCAGAGAAGCGCACAACAGUCAGCGGCAGCGGCUUCGAGCGCGGGUAGCAAUGGUCCUCCUCCUCCUCCCGCCCUCCCCCUCCUCCAAGAAGAGCCCUCCGUGAACGGCUUCAACAGCGCAGAAGUCAGAGCGUUCCUGAGCAGGGAGCCCGCGCCCCCGGCCGCCUACAAGCCACAAGACGGCCCGGGGAGCAACAGCAGAGCGAGUGGAGGCGUCUGGGGCGCAAAGACGAACCACAUGGCGAGCGGACAGCCUUUCUUCGUCCAGCUUUCUAAGCAAGUGGCGGCUUUUCAGGAGGGAGGAUGA